AUGCAAAAACAGUUACAGAUAUACCUUCCAACCGCACCUCACAUGCAUUUAACUUAUGACCAGGUGAGCACACUGUGUCCAAUUCUCUUCAGUCAUGGAUAUUUAUGCUCCCACAAAGGUAUCUUCGCUGACCUCUCACAUCUCUUCUCAAACGCUGACUUACAACUCCCCGCCAGGGCUCAGGUCACCAGUCAGCCAGGGAGCAGUCCUCAGGAAUUCGUUUUAAGGCCAGCAGGACGCUCAGGUGCCAUUAUUGACGAAAUAGAAUCCCCCGACACACAGCUAGACAAUCCUAGAGAAUCCCCGCCUCAAGUCGGGGAGGAAAAGGAUAUUGCUGCAUCAGAAUCCUUCCCCAAGAUUACCUCCCCUCUCGACCCUGCUUCGUCACCCGCUCCCGUCGCCGAACCAACUCACACACAAUGUUGGUUGGAGCCGUACAAAGAGAGUCCUGCACAACCUUCCAUUCCACGAGAAGUCCCGGAGACGCGAUCGUCCGCCUUCCAUUCUCCCGGGUAUGAGACCUCACCCAUCUACACUCCAGCACCCACAGCCCACACACCUGUCAACCCUGUCAUAAAGCCAGACUGUAGCUUCGACCUGACUAGAUGCUAUGAAUCCACCGAUAUUCCCAAGACUUUCGCGACGCCACCUCAGAACGCGGCUCUGCACUGCCCCUUGCCAGCCCAGGACUUCUCCACCUCUGUCAUGUCCUCCAUGAAGCCAAAGUUCGGCGUCGAACCUGACGACUUUCAGCUGCGUAACUGGACUGAACCUAUCGAUAACUAG